GAGACAGGAUGAGUACAGGAAGAUCCGUAAGCUGUCUGAUUCAGUGUUUCUAUAGAAGCUUUGACACUACGCAUCUUUACACCUGGGAAACAGAGGGACAACCUACUAAAUCAAGUUGUCUAUGAUGAUGGAUUUAGGAUGAUGAGAAACCUCUAAGUGUCCUUGCCUUUGGUCCCCUACAGGCAAUUUAACAAGCACAGAAGGAGCUGUUCUUCAGGAAACUGUGACAGACAGGAGGGUGACGACGAAAUAGCGAGACAGAGAGUAAAAGUAAGACCACCUACUCGAUCAAAGUGUAGGGAACAUUUGCACCUAACUUCAUCUGAGAUUUCACAAGCUGAAAUAAUAAGACAAUGCUGCCCAGCUCUGGGUUGCCAAUGCUAAUGCUAGCUACACUUCUGCUAAUCGGCCCUCCAGCUGUCAGAGGGCAAAAUGACACGGAGCCCAUAGUACUGGAGGGGAAAUGCCUGGUGGUCUGUGACUCCACACCCUCUUCAGAACCAGCAGGUAAUGCGCUGGGGAUGUCCGUGCGAUCAGGUACCGGACGUGUGGCCUUCUCCGCCACACGGCAAACCAACCACGAGCCCACAGACAUGAGCAAUCGCACCAUGAUCAUCUAUUUUGACCAGAUCUUGGUGAACGUCGGUGGUCAUUUUGACCAAGAGAGCAGUAUCUUUCUUGCUCCAAGGCGAGGGGUGUACAGCUUCAACUUCCAUGUGGUGAAGGCAUACAACAGGCAAACCAUACAGGUGAGUUUGAUGUUGAACGGAUGGCCAAUGAUCUCAGCCUUUGCUGGAGACCAGGAUGUGACACGAGAAGCAGCCACAAAUGCUGGGCUUGUGAUCAUGGAAAGAGGAGACAAGGCCUACCUCAAGCUAGAAAGGGGCAACCUAAUGGGAGGCUGGAAGUACUCUACUUUUUCAGGCUUCCUGGUCUUUCCUUUAUAAAGGGAAGAUGUGGAGGAGAGAGCAUGACAUGCUCUCUGGGGAUUAUUAUAAUUAUUUAUUAUUUUUUUUAAAUGGAAGUUACAGAAAAGGUCAUAUUUUUUCUUACUCUUUUUUUGUGGCAGUGCACAGAACAUGAGAAGUAAAAUGUUAUAUUUAAAAAUUAUUUAUAUUUUAUUAUUUUCAAAAAUAAGAUGAGACAUGAAUAUACAGUAUUUGAAAUUAUGUAUAUCCGAGGUUUCACAAACUUCAGUUACUGAAAUCACUUUUAAUUCAAAUAUAGCUUAUCGACUUUCUGUUGUGAGAUUUCUGUUUCUCAUAUGUUUGCCUGCUUAUGGAGUUGUAUGUUGUGUGUAUUAUAAAGCUUUUUAAAAAUAAAUCUCAUUAAAUCGAA